GAGGACCUGCGUUACCCGGAUGUAAUGCAUCACAACAAAAAAAUUGCCGGGAAAUCAGCUCCGUCAAAGUGGCUGCUGAAGCCGCGAAGGGAAUAUUUGUGAGAGAAGUUUUCAGAGAGUGUUUGCGUUUAGCCCGAAUAAAUUAACGUGUCUCCGGUUGUGUCGUCUACGUGUCCGAGUCGAUAUGGACGAAUAUGACGAACUGUUCGAGAUAGAGGAUGACUUCGACGACCAGUUCGCGGACGAGCUGGAAGUGUUGGCUGACAUGGAGAAAGAGGACCUCUCCAAGCCGAGCAGACGUCAGAAGCAGGGUCCGGGAGAUGACAUCUCUGACAUAGAGCACCUGCUGGAUGAUCGGCCCAUCACUCCAAAGGCGAAGCGGCAGAAGCAGGAUGCAGGAGUGGCCAAGCGACUUUUCAACUCUCUGCAAGAUCAAGACAGCCGAGCCGAGCCGCAGAGUGAUGACAUCACGCCGCCGUCGUCUCCAGAGCAGUAUGAAGCCUCUCAUACUGUCAGGUCUACCUCAGCUGUGCUGGAUAUCAGUGGCUUCGCCACAAUCCCAGAGACGCCCAGACGAUCUGCCACAGUGGCACCAGCAUCGCAGCAUGUGCUCAGACGGGCUCCUUUGGAGGGAGACUACAUCUCUGUGACAGACUCGUCAGGAAGUCGCGUCUACCUCAGACAAAAAGAAGACACGGGGACAAAGGCAGCGGACUCCAGAAUGGUGCCAAACUCCCAGGGUGCACUGGGACUGCUCGCAGUGCCAAUAGGAGAGCUGAGAGCACAAGAGGCCGAGAGGCGUCACCGUCAAGUCGUGGAAGAAUCUCAGCGUCUUACAGAACUGCUGGCCAGCAGUGUGAACGAUGCGUUUGUGGAGCCUGAAAGCGGCGAGGAUAAAGAGAAUGAUGAUCCCGGAGAUGCAGAGGGACGAGCCUCUCGACUCUGGGUGGACAGAUUCUCUCCCCGACACUACACGGAGCUUCUCAGCGAUGAUUUUACCAACCGCUGUUUGCUCAAGUGGUUGAAACUUUGGGACGCCGUUGUGUUUGGAAGAGAGAGGAAGUCCCGCCCUGCUCGGUUUGACAGACAAGCUCCCAACCAGAACCAAUCCAAACCCAAUCAAGCCAAUCAGAACCCAAAUCGCUUCAAGAGCAAGAUUGAGCUGACUGAGGAGCUACUGGAGGCUGAGCUGGACCCAUACAAACGACCCAAAUUCAAAGUGGCUUUAUUGUCUGGUCCUCCUGGUCUGGGGAAGACCACUCUGGCUCAUGUCAUAGCAAAGCAUGCUGGGUACAACGUGGUGGAAAUCAAUGCCAGUGAUGAUCGCAGUGCUGAAAUCUUCCAGAAGCGCAUCGACACAGCGACACAGAUGAAGUCAGUUUUAGGAGCCAACGAGAAACCGAACUGCCUCAUUAUUGACGAGAUCGAUGGAGCGCCCGCGGCUGCCAUCAACGUUCUGUUAGCCACUCUGAACAGGAAAGACGGACACGGCGGGGAGGCUGGUGCAGAGACAGCAAAGAAGAAAAAGAAGAAGGAGUCCAUCCUGCUUCGACCGAUCAUCUGCAUCUGUAACGACCUUUAUGUCCCAGCUCUCAGACCUCUCAGGCAGCAGGCUUUCCUCCUGACUUUCCCCAAGACUCAGCCCUCUCGCCUCACACAGAGGCUGGCAGAGAUCUCCCUCCGGCAGGGGAUGAAGGCAGACACAGGCACUCUGAUGUCCCUGUGUGAGAAGACAGAAAAUGACAUCAGGGCUUGCAUCAACACACUACAGUUCCUGCACGGCCGCGGCCACAAGAAGGUGGACAUCAAGACCAUCCAGUGUGUCUCUGUGGGGCAGAAGGACCAGAACAAAGGCUUGUUCCACCUUUGGCAGGAGAUUUUCCAGCUGCCACGUACAAAACGGAAACGUGUUGGUGAGGGGUUUGAGGAGGGACCAGGUUCAGGAGGUGGAGGUCAGAGGUUUCAGCACGUCCUGCACUUGGCUUCAUCUAGCGGAGAGUAUGAAAAGGUUUCUCAGGGUCUGUAUGAUAAUUACCUGUCCAUGCGAGUGAGAGAUCCCAACCUGGAGGGCGUCUGUGAGGCUCUGGAUUGGCUGUCGUUCUCAGACAGGUUGAACCAAGUGAUUCUUCACGGCCAGAACUUCUCCCUGAUGAGAUACCUGCCCUUCCUGUCCGUCACAUUCCACUUCCUGUUUGCUAACACACACGUGCCCCGCAUCAGCUACCCACACAGCCAACACGAGGCCUCCUCCCGGCUCCACAGCAGCAGGAAUGCUUUGUCCACCAUGUUGGCUGACAUCCCGGCGUGCAUCAGAACGAGGAUCAGCGAGCUGAGCCUGACCCUUGACAUGCUCACGCUUCUCCUGGACAUCAUCUGCCCCAAGCUGCGGCCUGUGAAUCCGCAGCUGUUCAGCAGCAGAGAGAAGGAGCAGAUGCGUGAGCUGAUCGACACCAUGCUGGCAUACAACCUCUCGUACAGGCAGGACCGCACACCUGAGGGACAGUACACAUACAUGCUGGAGCCGCGCGUUGAGGAGGUGGUGAGGUAUCCAGGCCUGCCGCCGCGCCGUCAGCUGACGUAUCAGGCCAAGCAAACCAUCAGCAGAGAGAUGGAGCAAGAGAAGAUGAGGAGAGCAGAGCAACUGAUGCUGCAACGAAACCCUGCAGUGAAAGAGAAAGAACAGAAGAGUGCUGGUCCUAAACCAACCCGGAACCAUCAGCAGAGGCUGGAGAACAUUGUCAAACAGACCACAGUGGAGACCAGGCCAGAGGUGGAUUUCUUUGGUCGAGCUGUUGCCCCCAAACCUCAGAGACCGCAGCCGCUGUCGGACGCAGGUGAGAAGUGUGCGGUUCUUUCUAUCGGAACAGCAGUGGGCAACAGCGAUGUGUGGUUCCGCUUCAACGAGGGCAUGUCCAACGCUGUCAGGCGAAAUGUCUACAUCAGAGAACUGCUGUAACCCCCGAAACACACACACACACACACAGGUUGCUUUUCUUUGUUCUGUGCAAACAUCUGAGUGAAUCCCAACAUCCAGCUGUUAAAUUCAAAACAGUCUUUAUUUUGAUUGACAGUGUAAAGAGCCAAUAAAAACGUGUUGUUGAACAUUU